CUUAGAUCCAAGUUUCUCCAAGAAACGUAAUCUCUGGUCUUAGCUUAGACAGAGCAACAGGUGUUUUCUUCUUCGCUUCAUUCUGAACUUCACUGAAAAAAUCAUCUCUUUCAGAAUCCAUGGUAGGAGCAAACGAGACAUUGCUCUGUUUUUCUCUGUUUGAAAAUAGGGUUCUGUAUCUCUCUAAGUAUCUGAGAACUCUUGUUUAGUGGAUCAGUCUUAUUCAAAUACGCCUUUUCAUCACGCAGGAAUCGCUUCUGGUAGCACGGGUAACCGAGUAUAGAUAGCUGAGAAGUUUGAUCGCUUCCUUAUUGAGUCAUACAUAGAAGACAACAAGAUGGUCGUCAAGUGGUGUCCAAGCACUCCUCAUUGUGGGAAUGCAACUGAAAUGAAGCUCAACUCAAAUCCUGUGUUUUGUCCAAAUGAUCUCAUAGCAGAAAAAGAUUGCCUAUAUAUCUGAUUAAUCAUUUUAUGUUCUUAUAGUUUUUAUACAACUCUAGUUAUGGCUUAUUUUUCCUUGUACUAAACUAAAUACAUAGAUCUCUUGUAUUUGCCUCUUGAUGAUGCCUUUGAGAUGUAAACUUGCAAGUGAAGAGAGUUAUUUAUUAGUGGUUAACUUGAUAGAUCAGUGUUUACCGCUUCAUAUAAAAUGUAAGAUAUUAUUCCAUCAAUUUAAAUGUUGGAAGCAACAGAACCAGUCAGAAACGUUUGGCUCAAAUUUUAAUACAACUGUUGGAUAUAUAUGGGAUUAAAAGAGGUCUAAUAGAGAUUCUAGUUUCCAGUCUUUGAUAAUAACUUAUAUGAAAAAACAGGUUCAUCAAAGUUUUGAGCACCAUGAGAUUCAAAUGAUGUAUGUAUAAUGGUACCAACUCAUAAAAAACUUGUUUACGUUAAGUUUGAAGACAUAAUUAAGAUGUUAAACAUAAGAUACAAAUAUGUAUGAAGAACAAGAGAUAUAUUUGGUAAGUAGAAAGCCAAUCGAAUAUAGAUAAGCAUAAAUAGUUAACAAUUAACAAUAGUGGAAACAUGCCUAAACUCAUUUGCCUAAUAUUAUCAAGUGGUUUAUAAUAGUCUUUUGAUAUAAAUAUAUGUUUGAUCAAAAUUUUGAUAUUUUUUAUGGACAUAUAAAGUGUUAUGGCCUUGUCCUUGUGGGACAAGGACAACAAAUGCUUUGACAAUAUGGUACAUUCGUUUAAUUAUCUUUUAACAAAACAAAAGAUAUUUUUAGGCAGUAAAGCUAUGUGAAAUGAGCUAUGGAGGAGAAUCAGGAGAUUUAACUAUCUUAGGCUUGCGUGCCUAAUAUUCCAAUGUAUCUACAAGACUACAACCUCAAAUACAUUUUAACAAAGAAUGUGUUCAUUCAAUGUACGUGUAUUUAGAUAUACUCACGAAAAAAUCAUAGAAGCUUCCUCUAGUAACAACCACGUGUGAAGCACCCCUCCACAUAUCACAUAAUGAUCACUAGUCUUUUGAUAUUUCGUUUGUGUAUAUAAGUGUGCAUUAAUAAGUUCAUUUAAUUAAACAAUCCCUCAAGAUGCUCUAGACCCUUCAAUUUCUCGUCAAAAUAUCUAUCCAUCUUUGCCAACCAAAAUCUACAAACAUAAACACACAAAUUAUCCCUCAACUUUCUUAUUCAUAGCAACCACAAAACUCUUAAAAAAACCUCCCUAUAAACAAAAAUAAAAGUUGGAAGAGAUUUUAUCAUUAUUCUAUAACCUUCUUUCUUUUUUAAAUCAAAACAUAAAUUUUACUUUUGCGGCAAAGAUUUGAAAGAAAGAGAUGAGGAACGAAACGGGUGGUACCAUGGUCGUUGAUCUCCAAGCCGAUCCAUAUACCAUUAAUCACCAUCCCUACGAUCUUUGCGACAAUGGUCGCAAACCGAGGCCAUUGAAAGCUGACCACGACGGAAUAUGCCUUCCUGAAGAUCCCAGCAUUAAUAGUGACACCAACCUAACUCACCAGCGGUUUAGCAGCGUCUCAUCAUCGAUCAUGAGCAUCGGUCCGAACAGCGGAGAAGGCUCUCCUUGCGUAAUGUCUCCUUGGGCCCGUGUGUCGCCACCUUGGCCUGCGGAUUUUAAUGAAGACAAUUCUUUAGAGACCAUUGGUCUCAUUGGCUCUAUUGUACGUGAAGAAGGGUAUAUAUACUCGCUAGCCGCUUCUGGUGACCUUCUCUACACGGGCUCGGACUCUAAGAACGUUAGGGUUUGGAAGAAUUUGAAAGACUACGCCGGGUUUAAAUCAAGAAGUGGGCUCAUUAAGGCUAUUGUGAUAUGUGGAGACCGGGUCUUUACCGGCCACCAAGAUGGUAAGAUCCGGAUUUGGAAAGUUUCUACAAGAAAACCGGGUAAACACAAACGGGUUGGAACGUUGCCAACGUUUAAAUCGAUGGUCAAGACCACCGUGAACCCUAAGAAUAUCAUGGAGGCACGUCGUAAUAAAAACUCCAAGAAAAAGAAGCAUAAGGACGCUGUGUCGAGUCUUAGCAUGGACGUGGAGGUUGGUUUGUUGUACUCGAGUUCUUGGGAUAGGACGAUCAAAGUGUGGAGAAUCUCGGACUCAAAAUGUUUGGAAUCGAUACAAGCGCAUGAUGACGCGAUAAACUCGGUGAUGUUCGGUUUUGAUGACUUGGUGUUCACGGGAUCUGCGGAUGGUGCGGUUAAAGUGUGGAAACGUGAGAUGCAAGGCAAAGGAACUAAGCAUGAGUUGGAACAAGUUUUGCUCAAGCAAGAAAACGCGGUAACCGCAUUGGCUGUGAUACCGAAGUCUUCUAUGAUAUAUUCCGGUUCCUCGGACGGUUUGGUGAACUAUUGGGAACGUUCGAAAGGUAUAUUCAUCGGUGGAAUACUCAAAGGGCACAAGUCCGCCGUGUUAUGUCUAACAGUAGCGGGGAACUUGUUAUUGAGUGGGGCUGCUGACAAGAACAUAUGUGUCUGGACGCGGGACCCGUCUGAUGGGUCUCAUCAAUGUGUGUCUGUUUUGACGGGGCACAUGGGACCGGUUAAGUGCCUAGCCGUGGAGGAGGAACAAGCUUACCGUAAAGGAGCAAAAGCAUCUGCGGAUACUGAGGGAGACAGGAAGUGGAUUAUAUAUAGUGGAAGUUUGGACAAGUCGGUGAAAGUUUGGCGCGUGUCGGAUAGGAUGGGGACGUGGAGGGAAGUGGACGAGCCAUCAGCAUCUUCAGGGAGGAAGAGCUCUUUGUCUCCGCACGAAGGGAGUGGCGCGUGGAGUUCAUGUGAUUUGGGAAAAUAAAAAAGGAGUGUAUUGGAGUAUAGUGUGA